GUGGAUAAGGGAGGAGCAUUCCAGCGAUUGGUUAUUUAGUCCGUGCCUCCGCAGCUCUGAAAACAACUUCUGCCGCGAUUCUUUGCCGUCCGUUCGUCGUCUCGUCACAGUUGUGCCCAAGCUGAGCCGAGUUUUCAAGAAAGACUGAAGUUUGGUGGACGCUGGCGUUCGACGCCCUCGGAUUUCGUGCCCAUUUCACCUCUGUCCGGCUGGCGGUGUCGCGACAACACUUACAAAGGCGGCGACUGCUACUCCGUGGUUGUUGGUUCGCAAGAAGGUUUACAUUUGUAAAAAAACAUUUUUUUUUUGAAGGAGACUCAAAAAAAGCUAACUUUGAAACAAAAAGGCAACAGCAUGGGGACCGCGAAUAGCAAGAGGAAAUCGAAGCGUGAAGCGCAAGAAAAGAAUAACAACGCCAGUCUGAAAAAAAGGCCGUCGCUGAGGGCCCACACGCCUCACGAGCUUCUUAAAGCUGCCGGAUUGCUGGACACCGGGGACGCUCCAGACUCGGCGGCCGUCGCGAGCGAGGCAAAAGCGACGCCGGACCAAACCGAUGCAACGGACGUCGACAAAUACAAGCGCUACACGAUUAACAUUCCAGCUCCGGACUAUGGAGUACUGCAAAAACGUGCUCUGCAGAGGACCAUGAGUGACCCCGACUACCCUGAUGAAUGCCCAGACCUCAUCAAACCCAAAAAGCUGAUGAGCCCCCUCCACACCUCACCCAGCUACAAGGAGCUCACAAGGGAACUUAUCAUGAACCAAAAACAAGGGGUGCUCCUGCGCACCAAGCCCGAGCUGCAGAAGGUGAUGGAGCAGAGACGGAGGGACCAACACUUCCAUCAACGCAACCUCGACGCCCAGAGGCCCAAGUCCAUGUUCGACGCGGAGCUGCUCAAGAGAUACGAGAAGAUUGAGCAGAUUGAAAAGGAAAGGGAGAAGGCAGUGGAGGACGUGGAGAACGGAAAUGUGCCGGAGUUUGUUAAAGUCAAAGAACGGCUGAGACCAAUGUCGAUGGUGUUAACCACGGAGCAAAUAAUUUCGUUGGAAACGCCUGCAGAGCAACUGUGACCAGUCCCAGCGUCGCCUGCUGGAUCACAAAACAUGAAAAAAGCAGCUGCAAAAAUAUUAUUUAAAGCUGCUCGUCGGCUUCCUUCAGAAGCGGAGUGCCUGUUUGAUCAGUUCCUGCAAACAGUGAAAGAAAGAAGAUCUUUUCCAGCAAUAUCGUUGGCUUUCUGGUUUUUGAAGAAUCGGAUUUAGUUUUUUCUUGGUAGUUUCAAGUGAAUGCUAACAAUCUAAAGCAUCCUGUGACUUAAGAAAUUGAAACUGCACGUGGAUUAUAGCGGUUCUCAAUGUUUAACCUUGCUUUUAUGUUUUGGAAAAAAUGCUAUAUGCAGUGUAUCCUAGCUUUUGUGGGGAUUAAAUUACGAUUUUCAUUCAAAAGCAUGGUAUUCUUUUAAAACGAAUACAGUCUUUUUAAAAAUGUAAAAUGGCAUUUGCACCAUGUACAUUGGCGAAUUCUAGAGUGUGGGAAUGUCAACAUGAAUCUACCAAAAAGUAAAUAUGACAACGAUAAAGAUCCCCCAUAUAACUUUUAAAAGAUUUGGGGCAAGUGCUGUUAGCGAGCACCGCUGAAGGCUGGCACGAUGCAUGAGGGAGUGGGUGGCUACUCCAUGCCCGGUCGCAUUUGUCUCCAACUUGGCGAUAUUUACACACUGCACCAGAUACUCAUUUGAGGAUGGGUAGACCUAGAGAAGGCCCAGGAAUUUUAAUUGUCACUGGUGUUGGCCAUGGGCGGGAAUCGAACUCGGGUCGCCGAUUUCGUAGGACAGUGCGCUAACUGCUACACAACCGCUCCCCAUGUUUGUAUAUACAAGAAUAUAUAUACCCAUAUAAUAAACAUGCAGUAUUGAGAUAUAGCUGGGGCGGCCUAUCAGAAAUUGUUUUGGUUUGCCUUGUCCAUAAAAAUUUAACUUUUUAAUGAAAUUGGCAAUGUGAUGGGCAGCGAAUGUGCAAGUUCAAGUGCGGUACACGGAGACAAUUAGAUUGCUUUGCUCUCGGGCGCAGGCUAAUGUAUUGCUUGUGGGUUGCCAGCUCUGAUUAAAAAAAAAAGAGACAGUUUAGCCUCGGGUUAACAGGGUUGGGCUGGAAAUGACUGGGUGGGGCAGAGAAUGAUUUAGGGUUCGUUUAGGUGAGUCUUUUGGAAAGAUUAUUCAAUUGUAAGAGAGAUUCAAUUAAAUAAUGUACACAGGUGUUGCGGCUUGGUGAUUUAGACACCCGUUUCACCAACAGAGAGAGAGAGAAGACUAAUUGAUUGAUACAGCCUACGAUUGCGGUGGCAGUGAUUUGAGCAGAUUUGCAAACACUGAACUUAGUUGAUUAUUGACAUCUGGCUGCCGUGACGAUUCAUACAAUCGGAAUGAGGUUUGACCACUUUUCAGGUAUAAACAUCUCCACGUGCACACUACGAUGGCACCGCUGUCGUUUCCUUUCUGAUCGUUUUGACCAAGUCUGGUACUCAAAUUAUUGUUAAUAUCCCAGAAUGUAUUAUUACUAUGACCCCGUGUUUUAUUUAUCCGUAAAAGGAAUGACACAGAAGUGUCAAAACAAAAUCCCAUUUAUGUUUAUCCAGCAAUGAGAGGAUCAUCCACGCAGAAGUACUGUAGUGGGAAAUUUAUCGCAUUAUCCAUGCAUACACGUUACCUGGAAGCGCUCUCCCAGAAGUGGCGAAUUCAUCUUAUUACCUAUACCGUCUUCAACACGUAAAGAGGAAUACGCUGGAAAAGGUUGAAAAUAUUGUCCACUGGCUCUGUUUAUCUGUGGAUAACCACACGAAGAAAUAAUAAUUUACAGUCCUUUGUCAAUCUCAGUUAUGGAGGGUUGGUUAAGGGGAAAUGUGGUCCGGAACGGGUUCAAAUAUCGCUCGCCACUGAUGUUAUCUGUGGCUAGGAAUGGAACGCAGGCAGCUAGGUUUAUAGCACAGUGCGCUAACCAUUGUACUACUUCUCGACCGGUGUAUAUGAGGAGUUGUUGGCCUGGAUAGGCACGGAUAAUGGGCUAGGCACGGAUAAUGGGAUCUGCCGAUAGUGCCCCCACAUUCUUAGAGAUUGGUAUUAUUGAGCUUUUAGUGGGGAUUUUGUUUUCAAGUGGACACUACUGGCCAGGAACCCACCUGGCUGGCUUUCUAGAGCUCUGAUAAAGCAAGUCGACCCUGCACAAUGCAUGGAGUCCUUCCAGGGUUGAGCUUACAAGCUAUGGAUUCUUAAGUGGAAUGGUUGCACUUUAAUUGGGAAAUGUGUUUUCUCAGCUGUUUUUUGCAGUAUUGCUCUCAAUGUUAUUGUUGUUUGUAAGUUUUAAGAAUAUUUUAAUGGAACUCUCGCCUGUACUGGCCGUUGCUGACUUGCCUGCAGUGAAACUGUAAGUAAAAACAGGUGAUUAUAUUAUUUCUGACAGGUGUAAAUGAAAUGCUAAUAAUUUGACAAUAAGGAAAACUCUCAAAACAUAGCUAGCCUUACAUUUAUCAUUGACAUUUGAAACUUAGCAUUGUAAUUUUCUAUACGAAACAACGAUGGUCUAUUGUACAGUGUAUUAUUGCAUAUUUACCCCAAACCUCCGUAUUUUGAACACUAUUAGCAGUUUCAUGUAUCAAAGGUUUGUUUUACAUGUACUGCCAACACAUGUAUGCAGUUUCUAUUAAAACUUUUCUCUUGGAGAAGAACACACACACACGUCAUUUUCCUAGUAAAUAAAAGGAUGCUUUGUAUAUGUGGGAUAGUUGACUCUAUGCUGGGGGGUGAUGAGUGUUAAACAUAACUGCACAGCAAUGCUUAAUGAUGCCUUUAAUGCAAACAAAACACAGCUAGGCAGAGAACAUGUCAGGCGUAUAAUGUUCCAACCAUGAUAGUCACGUCUCCUCUUCAAACACACCUUGUUUUAAAUGAAUUGCAUCUUGCUUGAUGUUUCCAAGCUAACACUUGGGCAUUACGUCAUUCUACGUUCCGGUGUCGAAUGUCUUCAGACAAGUCGCUCAUGCACAUUCACACAUUUGUAAUGACGACUUGACACACUUUUCUUGAGACGGUUUCUUUAUUGGACGAGACACAUUAACUCAAAGGCGGAGACCCCACUGCAACAGCCCCGAGUCUCCCGCACAUCUCCCUUAUAUACGGACCGAGGCCACGCCCUCAUUCCUGAACUUUCUCGCUGACUCUGGACGCUCACUCCACCAGCAGACUCUACCAUCCUCUUCGUCACUUGACCACGCUCCUCGUCUCCAUCAUUCCGGUAGCCACCAGUCUCUUCGUACUGCAAGCUAACACCCCUGUCAUUACCUCCCGUAACCACCAGUCCCUUCGUACUGCAAGCUAACACCCCUGUCAUUACCUCCCGUAA